AUGGAGCCUUUUCCGAGUGCAAUGUCCCUGACAUACGCCAGCAUGCGACAAACCUUACCUCCAUUGAAGGCAAGCUACUUUCGGAGUACAAACUCAAUGGAGUCUUUUUUCGAGCGUUAUGUCCCCAACAUAUGGCCCCAAGCGACAAGCCUUACCUCCUUUGAAGGCAAGCUACUUCCUGAGUACAAACUCAAUGGAGUCAUUUUCAAGCUCUAUGUCCCUGACAUACGCACGCAGGCAACAAGUCUUAUCUCCAUUGAAGGCAAGCUACUUCCCGAGUACAAACUCAAUGAAGUCAUUUUCGAGAGCUAUGUUCCUGACAUACGCAUGCAGGUGACAAGCCUUACCUCCAUUGAAGGCAAGCUACUUCCCAAGUACAAACUCAAUGGAGCCUUUUUCGAGUGCAAUGUCCCUGACAUACGCCAGCAUGCAACAAACCUUACCUCCAUUGAAGGCAAGCUACUUCCCGAGUACAAACUCAAUGGAGCCUUUUCCGAGUGCAAUGUCCCUGACAUACGCCAGCAUGCAACAAACCUUACCUCCAUUGAAGGCAAGCUACUUUCGGAGUACAAACUCAAUGGAGUCUUUUUUCGAGCGCUAUGUCCCUGA